AUGGGAUCUCUUACACGCUUUUCCGAUAUGCAAAAUCUUACUGAUCCUUCGAAUUUACAACUUGACUAUCGUCAGGUUGAUAUGGCAUCUGACUAUCUGAAUAUGAAUAAUCGAAUCUCUUUCACUGAAUACUUAACUGAUGAACAUUAUAUUUCGGAAGCUUACGAAUUUUAUCCACCUCAACACAUGACGGCAUGUUCAUCUCCAGAAAGUGACAGCUAUAGCAUGUUUAAUAUGGAAGAACCAAAGAUAAAAAUUGAAUAUUCAGAACCUAUUGAUCCAUCUUGUUCAAUUUAUAACGUGUCAAGAACUAUGUCUCAAGAAAGCUGUCCUGAUCUCGCAGUUUGUAAUCCUUCAAGCAUUUCAACUUCACCACUUACACCACUCGAUUCACCUCAUGAUCAAUCACCGAUCAUGUCACCGACGGGUCUUUCAUUAUCCCAUCAUCAUAUUAUAAAUGAUCAAAGGGAUAUUAUUCCAGAAGUAAUGUUAGCAAAUAAUAAUAAUAAUGGUCGUGGACGUCGAGGUAGAAUUCCAACAUCAUCAGUACAAGAAAUGUUUCAAGAUCCACAAGAUUUUCAUCGAUCAAUUAUGGGACCUUUACCUUCACCACCACCUGCACAACCACCAACGACGACAACAAAAUCAACUGGCAAAUCAAGAGGACGACGCAUGACAAACAAACCUGCAAAGCCUGGAACAAAAUCUUUUGAAUGUCAUUAUGCUGGAUGUGGAAGAAUUUUUAAACGGUCGGAGCAUCUUAAACGUCAUAUUCGUUCAAUACAUACACUUGAACGACCUUUCUGUUGCCCCCACCCACAUUGCACGAAACGAUUCUCUCGGUCAGACAAUCUUAGUCAACAUAUUCGUGUUCAUAGACCAAAUGGCAAAGAAAAAAAUACACCCGCGAGAGCUUUUAGUAAUUUCACACCUUAUUUGCAGACAUACCAGGCUAGUAACGUUCAUACGACGUUACCACAGAAUUAA